GGCAGACACAUGUUCCAAAAGGCACACAUAGUGUGAUCUCGGUGGCUUAUCACACGUUAGGGAUCGGCGAGAUCGGUGAUAGCUAAAUUUGAUAUUAUAAACGUAUUAUUGCAUACAAUAGAGCAUUAGAGCAAAUUUUACGUUAAUAAGUAUGCAUAUUACAUUCUUAUGAUGUCAAACCCCAAUCCCUUGGUUGCUAAGUAGCUUGGUCACCUAGUACAAUUCAGCAAAAUAGUGAGCCGCUUCAAUAAAUUUUGUCCGCUUUAUGAUGAUCAACGCUUACAUAAGUAAUGAAUGGUAGAUCCUCAAAUCGAUAAUGGGCCCAAGAGGUCGAACAUGUCGAACGAUACUCUUUGUGGCUCUCGCUGGCCUCUUCCAGAUCCCCUGGAGCCAAGGUGACGGAGGGGGUGGAGCAAAGAUUUUGGAGCCCAUUCAGCGGCCAGAUGCUGACAUUCCCCACAUGCUCGCAUUUGGGAACGACCUUGGAAAACCGGGACGGCAGCGGCCGCACCAGUGCCUGAGGCGAGGGGAUCGGCCGCCGCAGGCCACCUGCAAAAUACACAUCUUAGACCUUUCGUACAUCGCCGCAAAGCUGCGGCUGCCGGGGUGCAGAGAGGACGACUUUGUGGUCGACCCUCUUGAAGGCAACAUACUGCCUCACCCGAGGCUGGUGACUGGGAAGCGGAGUGUGGGCAAACCCGUCAAUGGCACCGGGUGGAUGUACCCCUACAAAUAUGAUGCGCAAUCCCAGAACCACUGGGCAGGACCUUGGUUUGCGCGUGAGACACUCAGGACGAGCGGCAAUGCAGCCACGACGCUGGGGAGUGCAGACACAGUCUUUGUGUAUGACUACUGCUACCUCAUGCGCGUGCUGGCAGACCAGCAGGCCUCUGAGCACUGGUGGCUGAAGGAUCGUUACAAGAGCGAUGAGGACUAUGCUCCUUUGCUUUUGCAGCUGUACAGGGGUGGCUGCUACUCAACCAAGCCUGGUAAUGUGGGUCUUGUGCUGCGGCGAUCUGUGGUGACAGGUCUGAGGGGAUUGGGAGAGGCGGAUGUGGAUGUCUGCUGCCAUGGCGCGGAUGCUCCGGCAAAGGUGGCGUGCACGGAUGCAAACUUCAAGCAGAAUGCACAACAGACACAGCCGAGGUCGGAGCUGCUGAAGGACAUGGCGCAUUCGCAGUUCUGCCUCAUCAUGCCUGGGAGCAAGCAGUCCACUGGACACCUUGCGGACGCGUUCUUCACUGGCUGCAUCCCUGUCUUCCUGGGCGGCCCCUUCCACACCUUGCCCCUCGCACACUUGAUCAACUACCCGGCAAUAGGCGUGUUUAUGAACGCAACCAUAUCGCCGCUGCCCUGGUGGCCCAAGCGCGAGGGGCUGACUUUCAAGUGGGGCCUCACAGCGCGCGCUGGGAUGGAGGACCGGACCCAUCCGCGCUGGUGGUACCCAGACGUGCCUCAGGAGGUCCUGGCGCCUGUCGACAGCAUGGAAGCCGUCCUGGAGAAGCUGCGCAGCAUUUCCAAAGAGCAGGUUUGUUAUUGGAUCUUUUCAAUGGCUUCUCAGCAGUAG